AAAAUCCGCCCUGAAGCUUGGAUCCUCGUUUCGUUGGCGGCCGGAGAGCGACGGCGGUACGGUCAAGUAACUAUUCCCAAGUCGCGAGCAAUCGAUUCUGCCUUCCGCUCCAUUCUCGCUACAUCCCUCAUAAGUUCCUGUUCUGCGGUGCUUUGUCUGUCUCACUCCUAGUCGUUAUCCGAUCUACGGCCAAAGUAGCGCGCGCCGUGCGGUCUUCUUCCUUCGUUCUUGAUCCCAAGUUUAGAAGGCCGUGUGGAGUUGACCAGAGGAUCAGAGGCCGUUUUUGUAUACGGUUUAAGGUCCGUGGCAUAUGCGUUUCGAGAAUGUGGGCGAUGGAGGGACCUAAUAUGCUGUAGUUGAUUUAGAUUUCUUAUGGAAGUUGAGUCCAGGGAUGCCUAUGGGUUUGCGGUGAGGCCACAACACUUGCAAACAUAUCUUGAAUAUGCUAAAAUCUACAAGGAGGAGGAGGAAGAGAGGUCCCAACGAUGGAGAAUCUUCUUGGAAAAGCUGGCUGAAUCUGAAGUAAUUUUGGCAGAGGAAAGUGGCCGCACAACACCUCCGUGUAUUUUGGGAGAAGAUGGUCAUCCAGUCAAUGUGGGAAAGGCUGAUGAUUCAGAAGGUCUUACAGGAAGGGAUGACAUAGAUGAGAACCUUAGCAAAGAUGAGGGCUCUAAAGAAAGUUUGAAGAGAGGUGAUGGGAUUGAAAAGGAUGAUAAUAAAUUAGAAGGUUUGGAAGAGAGUGUUGUCAUCAAGGAUAGUGAUCAGACCAAGCUCAAUACACCACAAGAUUCAGAAGCUUUUCUUAGCUCUGCAGCAGAUCCAGCGAUGCUGUGUUUUUGGUCAUCAAAAGAUUUAAUAUGGGCUGACAUCAGUCCUUACCUCAGCGCCGUUGAGCUAAUGAUGAGCUAUCGAGUGAAGAGAAAGGCCUUACCAACCACCCAACAAAACCUUGGGAGGAGUAGCAACCACCAGGCUCCUAUUGACGGGCCAACACCCAUGAAAGGGAUUUCAGGAGAAGAUUCUGAAGAAGAGUUUUCAGGCAUAGUUCAAGUUGGGCCUUCCAACAAUGACGAAACGGCUAACAUGGCAAUCAAUCAAGUUUCCGAGGAGCCUAAAUUUCAGUGGAAAGAAGAGAUAGCUUGUAUGGUUCAGGGUGGGGUGCCGAUGGGUCUUAGGGGAGAGCUAUGGCAAGCUUUUGUUGGUGUGCGAGUGCGAAAGGUGGAUGGAUACUACCAGAGUCUUUUAGCUCCAAAAAUGAGUUGUGGUGAUAAGGAGCUUGAAGUCAAUGGAGGCCAGUCGACAAAACCUCAAACUGAGAAAUGGAAAGGGCAGAUUGAGAAGGAUUUGCCUAGAACAUUUCCAGGGCAUCCUGCGUUGAAUGAGGAUGGAAGAAAUGCUUUGAGGCGAUUACUAACUGCAUAUGCUCGACAUAAUCCAUCAGUUGGCUAUUGCCAGGCUAUGAAUUUCUUCGCUGGUUUGUUACUCUUGCUAAUGCCCGAGGAAAAUGCAUUCUGGACUUUAUUGGGUAUUAUGGAUGAUUAUUUUGAAGGAUACUACUCUGAGGAAAUGAUUGAAUCUCAGGUUGAUCAGCUUGUUUUCGAGGAUAUAAUUCAUGAAAAGUUCCCAAAGUUAGCUAAGCAUUUCGACUACCUGGGGGUGCAAGUUGCAUGGGUCACUGGACCUUGGUUCCUUUCAAUUUUUUUGAAUGUGAUUCCCUGGGAAAGUGCUCUUCGCGUUUGGGAUGUUCUUCUUUUUGAUGGAAAUCGUGUGAUGUUAUUCCAUACUGCCCUUGCAUUGUUGGAGUUAUAUGGUAUUGGGUUCCGCAUUGGUGACUACAAAGGAUGCAGGAGAUGCAAUAACGUUACUUCAAUCACUUGCUGGUUCAACUUUUGACAGCAGUCAGCUUGUCUUGACAGCUUGCAUGGGUUAUCAAGCUGUUAAUGAAGUAAAAUUGCAGGAGCUUAGGGAGAAAUAUAGGCCUCAAGUUGUCCGUGCCAUGAAAGAACGGUCAAGAGAUCUCAAAGAUUCUAGAUGUUU